AUGUUAAUUGAUACCGGGGCUACCGGAAGGUAUGUACAGCCGGCCUGUCCAUUAUACCAUCUAUUCCCAAAGAGACAGUAUCAGGAACCACGGAAGAUUAGGUUCCUCGAUGGAACAACCGCGACGUUAGUGACCGAGUAUGUAGAAGCCGAAUUGGACCUAGGAGAAGGACUCAAGAUUGCGACUCGAUUGGAUGUAAUGGCAUACGAAGGCCCUGAGGUACUGGUGGGAUUGGACUUCUUAAAACAGUUCAGGGCAAGGAUCGAUUGUGGAAAGGGAUUGAUCGAGUUCGAUGGAAUCGGACAGGAUAAUGGUUGGAAGUAUCCAAGAUUGGAGGAAGGAUUGGCAAGAGGAACAGCAUUGGAAAAAGGAGAAGAUGAAAUGAGCGAGGAGGAACUACGACAAGUCAUACCGACACAAUGGCACCAAGAGAGAGCAAGAAGAUUACCACCAAGAAGAGAAUGUGAUCACGAAAUCGAGUUAACACCAGGGGCAGAACUGAAGCCGGGCCCAAUAUAUCAACUAGACGAACAUGGGGACGCAUUCCUAAAACAAUGGAUCAAUGACGGUUUGGCCAGCGGCCCUUUACGAAGAAGCAAAUCACCUUAUGGAUCUCCUGUAUUCCUGGUUCUGUAA